UCAUUUAUUUAUUUAUUGCGCAACAACGGAGUAUGAUUUGCUUGUUCAAAAAUGUUAAUUAUAAUUUUUAAAAGUCGGGACUGUCUAUGAAAUUUAUCUUUGAAGGAAAAUAAACAUAAGCAUUUAGUUUUCUUGAGCUGUUUCUCUGUUUGUUAAAAAUGGAGAGACAAGGCCUUUCGUUUGAUUUCCAGUCGGUGGUUUUCGGUCUACACAAACUGAUAAAAAUCAUGAACUAUUUAACUAGUUUUUCCGAGACAGAUGUAAACCUUGCGGUCAAACAGAAAACGGAUACUCAAGCCAUGUUAAAAGAUAUAUCACUUGAUGCCAGGCAGCUGAAAGAUACACUUUGUUACUACCAGCAAGAAGUUUGCAUUCCGAGCCUGAAUACCAAACAAAACAAAAUGGAAGAAUACAUGGCAUCCUUUGAGACCCCGACAGUGAUAGAAACGGAUUCUAAGCCAACCACAACAAAGAAAAAGCCGAAGCGAACAACCAAGACAUCUGGGAUCAAGCCUCGCAUAACGACGCUGAGUGAAAUGGCCAAAGAUAUUGGGCGGCAGGAAGAAGAAUCCCGCCAUAUGGGGAAUCUGGUCUCCCUGGCUGCUAUUUUCGAGGAUCUUACCCACUCUGUGGCCUUAGCGUCCGCCAUGGACAGGAGAUUCAACAGAUAUAGUCCAGCACCCCAUGAGAUUGAUUCGGACGGUUGUAGAUGUACCACACACAGCGAGUCAAAUGGUAUUGGACCCAUUAACCAUGUUGAGUCAGGUGAUAUGAGACCUUCCAACCAGAGUGAGACGGAAUCCAUCCACCAUGUUCAGUCAGAUGGUAUUGGACCCACCCAGAAUAUUGAGUUAAAUGAUGCUGGACCCACCCAGAAUAUUGAGUUAAAUGAUGCUGGAUCCACCCAGAAUAUUGAGUUAAAUGAUGCUGGAUCCACCCAGAAUAUUGAGUUAAAUGAUGCUGGACCCAUCCACCAUUCUGAGUCAGGUGGUAUUUUACCACCCUCAGAUAUUCAGUCAGAUGGUGUUAGACCCACCCAGAACAUUGAGUUAAAUGAUAUUGGACCCAUCCACCAUGUUGAGCCAGGUGGUAUUUUGCCACCCUCAGAUAUUCAGUCAGAUAGCACUCUAAGAUAUUUAAAGUCGCAACUUUUGCGAUGGUUUAAACUAUUCCUACCCACCCAGAAUAUUGAGUUGAAUGAUACUGGACCCAUCCACCAUGUUGAGUCAGGUGGUAGUUUAUCACCCUCAGAUACUCAGUCAGAUGGUGUCAGACCCACCAAGAAUAUUAAGUCAAAGGGCACUGGACCCAACCACCAUGUUAAGUCAGGUGGUAGUUUAUCACCCUCAGAUACUCAGUCAGAUGGUGUCAGACCCACCAAGAAUAUUAAGUCAAAGGGCACUGGACCCAACCACCAUGUUAAGUCAGGUGGUAGUUUAUCACCCUCAGAUACUCAGUCAGAUGGUGUUAGACCCACCCAGAACAUUGAGUUAAAUGAUAUUGGACCCAUCCACCAUGUGGAGCCAGGUGGUAUUUUGCCACCCUCAGAUAUUCAGUCAGAUAGCACUCUAAGAUAUUUAAAGUCGCAACUUUUGCGAUGGUUUAAACUAUUCCUACCCACCCAGAAUAUUGAGUUGAAUGAUACUGGACCCAUCCACCAUGUUGAGUCAGGUGGUAGUUUAUCACCCUCAGAUACUCAGUCAGAUGGUGUCAGACCCACCAAGAAUAUUAAGUCAAAGGGCACUGGACCCAACCACCAUGUUAAGUCAGGUGGUAGUUUAUCACCCUCAGAUACUCAGUCAGAUGGUGUCAGACCCACCAAGAAUAUUAAGUCAAAGGGCACUGGACCCAACCACCAUGUUAAGUCAGGUGGUGUUACUGUUAGACCCACCCAGAAUACUGAGUCAAAGGGUAUUAUACCCAUCCACCAUGUUCAGUCAGAUGGUAUUAGACCCACCAAGAACACCGAGUCAAAUGGUGCUGGACCCAUCCACCAUGUUAAGUCAGGUGGUGUCACUGUUAGACCCACCCAGAAUAUUAAGUCGAAUAAACCCAUCCAACAUGUUCAGUCAGGUGGUGUUACAGUUAGACCCACCCAGAAUACUGAGUCAAAUGGUAAACCCAUCCAACAUGUUCAGUCAUGUUGUACAUGUACAAGUACAAGGCCCACCUACUUUAGCUUCCUCCAACUGGCUAAUCUGUACCAUUUCGGAACUGGCCAUAAUUCGGUGUUGGGGCAAACCACUGUGCCCAACAAUGACAGUUCACCAACCACUAGAUAUUCACAGAUAAAGAAAUACAUGAACAGCACUCUAAGAUGUUUAAAGUCGCAACUUUUGCGAUGUUUUAAACUAUUCCUACUCAUAGUAUUAAUCAUUGUGAUAGUACUGGCAAUAUUUUACCAAUAUUGCUAUUAUUCAAACAAGGACCGUUGUUUAUGUGUACAACGUUUGCUGUCACAAUUUGUUGAUAUUAAUUGCUGUCCCGAAAUGUUCUUAUAAACAUGUCUGAGUGCUUGCCUGAGGUGCUUGGGUCAGAGGACUAAACUUUCUCGGUGGACACAUUGUAGUUUCCUCGUCCCAGCUAGUUUUCCACGUCUGGUAUUUUAAAGAACACAGUAUGUACUGUCCUGUAUGUAGGUGUCGUUAAUCAAAACAAACCUUUACUGAAAUACUGUAUAUUAAAAACCUAGAUUGUCAGCAUGAUGGGAAAAAAGGUUGAAAGGUGAAAAGAAACCCUGGCUUUAAGUAACGAAAUGACUGUUUUACUGACAUUCUGGAGCCAGUUGUUCAAAUGUUAGUUAUCUGAACUAAUGGUUAGCAAACAUUUUCAAAACCAUAAAAUAAUAAUUCAAACCAUUAUGUGGAAACUUGAUAUAGAACAACCAAAGACAAACAUGCAUAUAAUCAAAUCUAAAGUUUAAUUUUGUAUUUGUGCAAACAUAAUUAAAAGUAAUAAUAUUAAACUAACCCAGGGUUAAUUUAACUAAGUUUUGAACAACUGGGGCCAGGACAGUGACAGUGUAUUGGAAACCAAAGCAUUAGUAACCACAUAACAGAUAACCACAAAACAUACUAAAAGUCAUGGUUUCAGCAAUAUACAUGUACUAUUAAUACACAACACAUUUUUUUUGCGUGUGGAAUAUACCAUUACCCAAUUUUAGAUAGAUCUGUGUUAUUUGGAACAAAGAUGGAUUCUUCUAAUACAAAACUUCUUUUGACAUCAGGUGACUUAGUAUGUACUUUUUCUAAAUAAUACAAUGUUGGUUCGCUGAUAAAGUAAUGCCCAUAUGUAUUGUAAGACUUUGUUAUAUACGUUUUUGUAUCUAAAUGUAAUAAUGCGACUUUUGAUAAAUUCAUUUUGUAUAUUUGAUGUUCUAUACUUCUAAAAUGUUUUUACCAUUUAACGAUUCUUUAUAAGUUUCAUGUUGUGUACUGCUGAUAACUGGUCUUGUAACACAUUCAUCCUUAUUAAUGGUAUUACCAUCACUAACUAAUGUUGACUACAUUUUAGGUCUAAGCCCAACAUAUUCUACUUCAUGUACUGGAAUACCACCACACUCAUCUUUAAAUUUACCAACAACUUUUUUUGUUUCCUUAAAUCAUGUAAAUCUUUAUUCUGCUUCAUAUCAUCAUACACAUUGUUUGUUCUUUUAUCGAACAACAGUUCACUCGUAUCAAAUUUGUCAAAUACAGGUCAACUAAUUAACUUUUAAAACUUUCUUUUUCUCGGAAUGUCUAACCAAUUUUACAUCAACCCUUUUAUGUAAAUUUUCCAUCGUCUUACCAAAUACAGAAUUAGUCAUUAGUUUGAAUAAGUUCUGCUCAAACACAUUCUUUGUUUGCAUUCUUAAUCUUGUAUUCAUCAUAAUAUAAUCUUGCAUCAUUUCAACUUAUUUUCCUGCUUAUAUUGAAAACCUCAACUCUGGUAAUUACGUGACAGUGGUACUAAAAGGUUUGUUUUGUUUAACGACACUGCUAGACCAUAAUUAAUAAUACUUAAAAUCUAGGCCUACUAUGGGUGUGACAUAAAAAAGUAUGUUUUUCAUUUUAACACAGAAACGGAGGACUAUCCUCAGUUAUGUUUUGUAAAGUACUAAAAACACCAACAGGAUCUCCAUUAAUAGCAAUAAUACACCAAUUUAUUAAAGCUGUAAUUUGUAUUUUGCAUUAGGAAAGGAUGUAUUGUGAAACUGAAGCUUUGUGGCUGGCAUAUAUAUAUGCAGCGGGUCUGUAUUGUGGAAAGCAAUGUUUUAAGCUGGGGGUAGCGUCAUUCUACCUCGGAAAACAUUGGGAAAGAAAAUGUAUGCAGUUGGCGGCGUGGGGACGGGCGUGGGGUGGGGUGGAGGAUCGACACUCUAACUUAGCCCAGCACACUUAAUGUACAAUGUAACCCAAUGUGCUGAACGUUGUAAGAGAUCAUACAAAUAGUAACAGCAAUAGUGACUGCAACUAAAAAAACCUCAAUCCAUAGUGUCAGAAGUUGACCAUGUUCCUGGCAGUCUAUACUGACAUUCAUUCACACAAUACAACUAUUUACGAACUAUGGGCAUUACUAGACAAUUCCAUAUGUUUCCGUCUGUUCUUCAGUGUAUGGAUGCACAGUACAUGAAUGCCUUCUUUAUUAAGAUAUCUAAAUAUAAUUGUCUCAUGCUGUUGCUGGAACUUGGAAACUGUGGCACCAAAUUGCCCGCACCUUGCAGACUUGCCACGCUAUCAGCUAUGUAUCUGUUUAUGUAUGUAUGUGUGAUAUAUUACAUUAGUAUCAUCUAUCUAGUAUUUGUGUAAAUAUUGUAAGGCGAUGAAUCAGGGCACCCCAAACCCUGACACCGUCAUGAAUGUCUGGGGCAACAAAAUAAAUUUUUUUUUAUUUAAAUACAUGUAUACUGAACUUCAUUGGAAAUGCAUCAGCCAGAUUUGGAGAUGUAAAUAGGAUAUGAUAUGAGAAGAAAUAACAAUGCAUUUAAAUGAUUUUGUGUAACUGGUAGACAAUAACAAAUUUUAAAAAUUGCAUAAAUUGGUUAGGGAUAUUGUAUUUUAUAGCAACCUCACAUAUGGAUAGCAAUAACAACUGAAAAUACGGUGGUGCAUUUUCAAUAUCAGAGUUCAGUAUACAUUUUUUGUAAAUAUGUUCUUUGUUAUAUUUUUGUUCCUUAGAUAAUAAAUUUUGUGUUAUUUAAAUACAA